UCCUCCUCCUCCUCCUCCACCUUCCAGCCCUCCCCUUCUCCACCCCGCCUCCCUGCCGACCAACAAGCCGAGUUCGAACGUCUCCAGCGCGCCGUCGCCGAGCGCUUCGCCGACCCAACCCCCUUACCACACGAACAACCUUCCUCUUCUUCUUCCUCUUCCUCCUUUUCCCCCCAGGCGGCGGAGCUACCCACAGGCGGCGUAUGGCGCGGCGCCAAGCCCGAGUUCGAGGGUGACAUCAAUCCCAAGACGGGCGAGGUUGGCGGACCCAAGACGGAGCCGUUGCGGUGGGGGAGUGGUGGGGAUUGGAGCUACAAUGGGCGGGUAACGGACUUUUAG